AUUUCUAAAAUGAUACAUGUAAACAUUAUGAUUUAUUUCUAUUAUUCUCCAAAAAAUGGGUUAAUUUCUAAGACGAAAACGCCAAAAUGCGGUGGUCAGACACCCUUAAUUCCGGCUGGUCUACCACUUUAAUUUAACCUCGAUAAUGUCAGUUGAUGUUUUUCGGAGACCCCUACACUGCUAUAUCCUUUUGAGCAUCUGGAUCUUAUUAUUAGUUGGCGGCGUGUACAAAUACCUUGAACCGAAGCCAAGGUAUCCCACCGCUUCUAUUGCGACGGAACAAUAUCAUAAUCUCGUACUCGACGUCAAAACGAAGCGUAUAUUCAAAGUUUGCAAUUUGCCCGACGACAUUAAGAGCGGCGACGAAGGUUUCGACUCGAAACAGUGGACCUUAAGGGGUUUAUUGGUUUUAAUUCGGCACGGAGAUCGUGGCCCACUUCAACAUGUCACGAAUAUUUCCUACGUUAAUUGCGGAUAUUCCGAUACGGACGCGCAUUUGAAGCUAUACCAGGACUACCUGCACAAUCUGACUGUGCUCGGUAAAGUGUCGUGGAUCGGACCCGGCGCGUUCCACGGCUUUCCCGUUUUGCCGACGCACGCAACGCAAUGCCAAAUAGGACAGUUAACGAUGCAGGGCGUCGCGCAACUCCUAAAACUGGGCCAAGUCCUCAGAGAGAGCUACGUCGGGAUUUGGCAAAAGUUACUCAACCUGACCCAGUCGGAGAUCGUCGUGUACAGCACGAGAUAUAGAAGGACAUUUCAGUCGGCGCUUGCGUUUUUGUACGGCUUCGUUACCGGCGACACUUUGAGUCGCGUUACAAUCUUGGAGAGCCAGUCGAUGAGCUUCUGUUUCAGGGAUUGCGGAUGCCCGGUUGCCGAUACGUUUUAUAGGUCGCUGAGGAGGCACAUCACCCGGCAGCUGCUUUCGCAUCCGGCUGUUGCAUUGCUUUCGGAGACGACAGGACGCGUUACCUUCUCGGUGGGAGCCGAACAGGGAAUAUUAGGUGCAGAUCCUCAUUCGGUUAGGGACGCUUUACUAACAUACAUCUGUCAUUCGAGCGGUUUACCUUGUAACCUUCAUAACUGUGUCAAGCGUCAAAAUGUAGCAGGGAUAUUUUCGUACACUGAUUGGGUUAACCAUCAGAAGUGGAACGACAUUAACUGGCGGCGGUACUGUCUGUUGAAGUCUUACGGACUUAUAAAGCACAUAGUAUCCCAAAUGUUGCACAUGGUGUCGAACAGUGGACCAUAUCUAAUAUUGUACUCCGGGCACGAUCACACCUUAGAGCAGCUGUCGACGGCGUUGGGCCUGAAGAGCGAUCCUCACCUUUUACGUUACGCCGGGCGGAUAAUAAUCGAGGUGUACAAUAAUAAUCGGCAAUUACUAAAUGGUGCUAGAGACAUGUACUUUAGGAUUUUAAGUAACGGCAAGGACGUCACGCGGCAGGUGCACUUCUGCAAGGAGUUGCAUAACGUCGAGCAGGACGUGACACUGUGCAAAAUCGAGGACAUUGUCAGGUUUAUUCACGACGAUUAUUUCACUAGUUUAAAUUUUACCAACUUUAAGGACUCGUGCGUAACUAAGAGUGUUUGAAUUUGCAAUUAUUUACUAUUUCCCAUUUCCCCUCCCAUUUAAAAUGUUUAUUGUGUUUGCGGACCUUUAGGGCAUUCAAAAAUAUUACUUUUUCGAACCCAGAUGAGAGGGACAUUAAUUGAUCACCCCCUCCUCCAAUUUAAUUUUUGAAAAACUGUAAUGGCGCAAUUGUUCCUCAAUGAUUUUCGUAUACUUGGACCGGAUUUCUAUGCACUAUAAUAUAUUAAGAAAUGUAUGCACGGUGCGGCUCAAUAUUAAUUAUCAUAUCUUAUUUUUUUGUAUUUUAAUCCCAUCGAUUUUGUAUGUUUCACAGUAUUGCCUAAGAUGCUGAUUGCUGAAUUACUUAAAAACAUUAAGACACACCGUUUCGUUUCCGCGAAAUUGUCAUCAACUUUAUUUCUUUAGAUGACCCCUAAAAAAAGUACAUACUUACUGUAUUGAUAUCAAGUUGCAUUUUUUGUUUACUGUUUGUUUCAACAGGAUGGUGCACCCGCGCAGAACAUUCUAAUCAUGCAAGAAUACCUAUCCAACAUAUUUUUCAUUGUCUCAUAGGUACUUUUGCAUGAUUAGGGCAUUGUACAGGGUGGCCAAAUAAGAAUGCGAGUUACUGUAUCUGCGAACCUGUCCAUUGUAGAGGCUUGCAGUAAAAAAAUUUGGUACUGCCACGAGAAAAACCUGGAAAAUAUUUUUAAGUUUUUGCAAUGGCCGCUAGGGGGCGUAACUGCAAUCUGGAAUCUAAAAAAGUGAUUUUUCUGUGAAUUCUGCUA